UGAAGAUAUGAUUAUUACCUUAUAGUAAGUUCUAAUAUUGGAACGUUAGUGUUCGAAUCGUGAUUGUCCGGUAUUUUCCCUCCGAGGAAGAGACUAUUGCCACUCUCAAGAAAAAGAAAACCUAGCAUAUCAAGUACUUACUUUCCCAUUGUCUUCUCAACGACUCUGUGAUUCUUCCUGCUCCGGCGCAGAUAUAUUAAAACAUCCUUGAACGUUAGGACGAUGGAUUCCAAAGACUUGGUCGCAAGUAGAUCGGAGUGGAAGGCAAAGGCGAAAGAGCUAGGUCUCGAGAACAUGUCUAUUUGCGACCUGAAGUCUGCUGCGUCCGCGUCGGAGAUGGAUUAUGCCCAGUACCUUCUUACUCGCUCUCACACUUCAAAAAAAAAUGCUAAGACACUCUUCGAUAACCCGACCCGCUUCAUUGGGAAGGAUUACAUGGAAAUGGCCCGAGAGAAAUUAGACGAGUGGCCGGCCUUCCAGCAGUAUCUUACACUUUUUGAUUAUGAGCCAUCGCAGCUGCUCGGGAACCCGUUCCCUGACGUCGGUGUUUUUUCGCUAAUCCGCAAAUGGCAAAUUGAUACUCUCGCCGUCGACGCUACGGGCCCGGCCGAGCUCCGGCGUUCCAACCGGGCCUCAGAAGCCUCAGCAGCGUCAGCUGAUACUCCGAAUCCGUCCAAGGCCAGCAAAGAGGAUAUACGUGAAAGGCCCAGCACGCCCGAUGAUCUGCUAACAGGGGAUUUCCAAGAUUUGCAGCUGUCUCCUUAUUCACCCGAGCAAAAAAGGACGAGCGAGGACCUGAAGCCGAUUGAGAGCGAACAGAUUGUGGUAUUAGCCACGGUCUCCUUACUCGACAUCCUAGUGAUGAGCCACCAACCCGAGGUAGAGAUGUCUGUUGCUCAAGCGGCAUUUUACCUUCAAAAGUGGGGACCGAAGGGGACUCGGGAGAAUGUUUUUGAGGCAAGGAUCGAUGGUUGUCUUCGGACGCGGGCCGGGAAGAAAAUUCACGUAAGCCUGGAGGCGAAGAAGGACGCACGAGAUAUUGGCAGAAACGAGGUCCAUUUUGGAAUUCAGGAAGCGGGCGAAAUUGCCUGCUGGGUCAGCAACUACCCACCAGAGAAUUUGGGACCAGACGGCGAAGAGAGUCGCCUUCUUAUUUCACCGAACAGGCACGAAAUCUACCUUACCUUUGCGAAGUUUGGCCGCGCAUACGUGGAUUAUAUUCAGGGCAGGCGACUUAUGAGUAGAACUCUGGAAGACCCCAAAAGUUUCCUGAACAUGAUGGUGUUUGGGCCCUUCGCCGUGGCUAGGAAGGAACAUAUGCAAGCUUACUGUAGGCUCGUUCUGGCUUUCGUCUUCCAAUGUUCUUCUAAAAAAUAGGUUGUCACGUAGCAGUUGAACCAGCCAUAUAUGCCCACAUACCGCACAGUGUAAUGUACGCGUCUGCGUUUUACGCGACAUAGGUUAAACAAAGUAGCACGCCACCUAUACAAGGGGUGGACGAAACUGAAAUUGCACCCCGUA